AUGAGUAAUUCCAACGCGUUCAUGGCUUCGCGUGGAUCUCUCGAUGUCUUGCAACCCAUUCAACUCAACCAGCUCCACGAUGCUCUUCGUCCCCCGUUGAAGAAGCGCAAGCUAUCCGCUUCUAGUGAAUGGGCCGCUGAUAACAUCGUCAUUCGGGCCCACGCCGCGUCCUUAUACGAUGAGCCGUACGUCCUUGAGCCGAUUGCGGUAAUCUCACGGCACCAGUUCCCCUUCGACUGGUUAGAUGUCCCGUCUGCGCUAUCACAGAUCCAAUCCGGGAGUCUCUUCCUAGCGCACAUCCCUUCCCUCGAGUCAGACGCGCAGCCUGAGCUGAACGUCCUGAUUGUUCGACUAGCCUCCGAUGGCGGAUUAUACGUGAUCGAAAGAGUAAAGAGGGGCAUUUACUCCCUUUCGAAGCUAGCCCGGGGCGUAGAAGAAGGAGAUGUCCGUGUUGUCGUGAAAGCGUCUAGCCACCGAGCCAACGCCCUACCUCCAUGCACACCUCGCAAGCGGGUUGAGGUCUCCGCCGAUGGCAGCGACUGGUGGCGAAUGGCGCAGGUUGAUGAUCCGGUGCCUGAUCUUAGCAUCCAGCUUCCGACGAAACGAACCCAGGUUGAUUUUGUUUUUGGGGUGAACACUGAACCUGUGGACCGCGAUGAGCAGAUGAAGAGCAUGUCUCCGGUUGAUCCUAUGGAUGGGGGUUCGAGCUAUGAUGUUCGUAUGCUCUCUGUGCCUCCUGAGUCUCAACUUCCUGCGGACACUGCAGGGGCAGGGGGUGACGCGGCUGGUGAGGAAAUUGUUUGCGAAACCACGCAGUCUCCUCAGGAGCUUUUGGAUGGACUGAGGGCCCAGUAUUUACAGGCUCUCUAUGUCUCCAAGACAUCUGUUGCAUACUUUGCCAAAGGUCCUUUGCCACGCUGUCGGGCCGCAUUCCAAGCCCCGGAACAGGCCGUGGGCAAUAUAUCCGAACUUAUUGGUUUCUAUAGAGAGGCCAUCUUAACAGCCAAGAAGAUGGACUUGAAAUUCCGCGAGACUCUACCAGCAACCGUACACGACGUCGUGCUCAGCAUAUCGGACGAUGAGGUAGCGCCGAAGAAGAGGAAGAGUAAAAAGAAAACGCUUGGGAGGAAUGGGCUUUAUCCCGAGGAACCGGACUUCAUUCGACUAUGGUGGAAGAAUCGCACGCUGACAGAGAUCGGCUCUUUAGUUGAAAUAUCUAGAGAUGCGGAAAUUAAGAAACAUGUGUCUGACUUGCGGUUGCGUGAGACUCAACUCCAGAUUCUCCUUAUCUUGGAGACGAUCGCACUUGAGACGGCUACUGCAGAAGAAGCAAAGAAGGCGGGGCAGGAAGAAGCUCGCGCCGAGACAACCACGGAGAAGCCAAAGCCAAAAAGCAAGAAAGCCCAAGAUCUCAAUGUGAUGCUCGAACUCCACUUGGAUCGUCUAUGCAUCUGGCACGCCGUGAGCUUUGACGAUACUGCGGCAUCUGACACCCAGGCUUCAGGAAGCAACCAGCAAUCGGGCAAGACGGGUGGGAACGAUGCCAUGCGUGACUUCUGCACUGAGGUUAUUAUCCCUUUCUACGCUUCGCGGUUGCCAGACCGUUGCAAAUCCAUUACUCGGAAACUGGGAGUCUCGGCGAGCACGAUAUCCCCUUUCCACAGGUCUACCAAGAAGCCUCGUAAAGAAUCGAGUGCUACAGAGCGCAAUGCAUCUCACAAGUCUCGCCGUCCACUACAUCGGGUUUUGACGGACGAGCAAAGUACCUCGCAAGGCCGAGCGCCACCAUCGCUGAACCGCUCGAUUACUGCACCAUCACAAAUAGAAACCAAACGGGAGACGACGCCCUUGCUACCGUCACUCAGCGCCAGCGUCCGAGGAGGGAUCCAGAAGGCCAAGCGAGCAGAGAACCGAGAAGUCGACCUGUUUGCUGUAUCACGGCAGCACGAGACAAAGCUAAAGCGCGUGCAGAUGCUAUCAGACCAAAAGAAAGAGCUAGACGCUGCUAUUCACGCGCUCCGGAAACCAAACCGCGAACUCGUGGCCAAGGAUAUCGCUCAGGAUGCAGACAGGCGGUCCAGCUCACGAAAGCCUAAGAACCCGGUCCGAAAUCCGCUAGGUCAGGGCGUCCAGGUCAUGGCCACUCCCAGCAAAAUACGGAAGAGAGAUGCAGUUGUCGGCCUUCCACCUUUGCCCAAGAACGCGGCUCGGUCGAAGUCGUCGAAAGCGCCAACUGCGUCUUCCUCAUCGCCGUUCAACUCUGAGCCCCGAGUUAUUCCUGCAUCCACGACCCGACCUACAAGUACGCCCAGGUUUACCGCCGACGUCGUGGUACAAGAGACUCCCUCCCGCCGUCCACCACAGCCUCUAGGGUUAUCCAAAGACCCCGAAGAGCCCAGCGUAGCAGAAUCGCCCAUCCCUGGAGGAAAUCUCUUCCGCGUCCCUCCUCGACCAGGUCCUCGGCCCACGGAUACAAACCCAUUAACACCGGUCAGAUCACAGCAUGUGGGUGCUACAGAUGUUGAUAUGUUCCUAGACGGCCAACAACCACGUCUACCACCUCCUCCCCCGCCCCUCUUUGCUUUGCCUAGCAAAAUCACCUCUUCGGCGCAGAGUUCAAUGGUCUUCGAGACACCGCCAAGGUCUAAACCGGCUUCAGUCCCGACUGCGGCUGGCCGUCGACCGGGUGGUUCUGGCCCUAGUCCUGGCUUUAGGAAGCCAGCUGUUGUUGUGCCAGUUACGCCGGAGAAAUCAAUAUAUUCGACGCUGGGGUGGGAUGAUGAUGAUGAUGAUGAACUUGCAUUGUGA